AUGCGGUCGAUGAUAUUCGCACUUUCCGCAGUGCUUGGGUUGGAGUCUUCCGUGUUUUCAGAAAAGCUGACUCUGACGAAUAGCCAGGAAGGGUCAAAGUUCGGAGCGAGCUUCGACUUUUUCACUCAGAGGAAAAAUGGCGAAGAAGUGGUCAAUUUAGUCGUUGGAGCUCCAAAAUUCAACGUACAGCCGGGCUACACAGGUCGCGUUUACAGUUACGAAAUCGACAGACAAUGCACAAGCGAGACUUGCCACGAAAGCCCGCUGCUCUUUGAGGCGGAUCAGGGGACGCUGAUGAAUAAUAUCUUUCGAGGAAUAAGGGAGGAAAACCUCUUGGUACACAAUAAAUUUCUCGGCGCCACAAUUAAAGUCGAUGAUUCUGGCGCUCUCUGGUUUUGCGAUCCUAGAGCUACCGCGGCUGCGAUGUGUGAUCGUCGCGAUCAUGAAGAUUUGGAAGAAGGCGAGACGAGAUGCAGAACUCUCAAGAAAACUGAAGACAUGCAGAGCUCUGUUGAACGACACGACUUCCCGAUUGGGUCUUGUUAUUAUGUCAAGAACAUCAAGGACCAAAUUGACGGGCUUAAAAAUGGAAACAUCGAUUCCACCGCCAUCAACUGGAUCUCCCCUUGUUUCACUUAUUUGACCCCACUCUUGCCCACGGGCGGUCAUAGUUUACCGACUAUCUACUGGAAAAACGGCACACAAGAAUACGGUCGCUACGGUCGAAACUAUGACCAGGGUAUGAUGAGCAUGAGCUGUCACUUUGGAACAUCUAUCAAUGAAUUCGACAGUAACGUCUUCGUCGGAGCACCGAAAAAUCACAAUCAAGGAAACACCUUCGCAUUCAACACCCGUGAGUUCCCAAGCAAAGCUCUCCUGAUGGUCGCUGGAAUGCAGCAAAUCGAAAAAUCCAUCACCAAGAAAAAGUUCUUGAGCUUUUCAAAGCCAGAAUAUUCCAGCGAGUCGAUGACACCAGACUUCAUCAAACGAAAAGAAGCUGGAGGACGAAGGGGCUCAAACGUUGGUUCGAUCAAUAUUGGCGGCGAAGAUUUCUUGCUAGAAGUCGAAGAUCGUGGUUUGAAUGACCAGCACAAGAGAACUGGAUGCGUCAACUUUCUGAAAUUGCAGCAAGAAUACGAAUGGGGAGGAGAGAUGCCCAAAAGUUAUCAACAAUCGAGUGAAGCUCUCGAAUCAAGACGAACAAGAGUCUGCGGAACUUUCUCUCACGAGUCAUUUGGAUUCGCGAUUCAAGUCAUUGAUAUCAACAACGAUGGACUUGAUGACCUGAUUGUCGGAGCUCCUCAUUACUCGGAGAAGCGAAAGUACGAUAUCGGCAGAAUCUUUAUCUAUAUCCAGCGAGAUGGCAAGCUAGAUGACAUCGAUCCGAAAAUUCUCCUCGGCGUUGAUCAAGAAGGAAGAUUUGGAUCUGCGAUAGAACACGUCGGUGACCAAGACGGUGACGGAUUCAACGAUGUAGUCAUUUCCUCCCCCUAUGCAGCCAAUGAAAACAACUCACUUGGCAAACUCUAUCUCAUCUACGGAGGCAAAUUUACGAUGAAAGCAGCUAAUGAGGCCUCCGCUGAAGAUUUUUGCCUUUUGGACAAAACUGAUAUUGGCGAAGUCUCUGGAUACUCCCCAACUGGGGACUUCAAAGCUCUCGGAUCGAAGAUGAAAUACAAAACUGGCGAAGAUAACCAACUCUUUGUCACGGCUGGAGAAUCUGAUAUGAUUUACUUAUUCAACUUGAAACCGAUGUUUAAGCUUGAGCUUUACUGGGGCGAUCAAUCCGUCCUUGAUCGGGAAGCAAAUCAACUUCGAGCUGAAAUCUGUGUGCGUUUGACUGACAAACCCGUCGAGGCACCGAACUCUGUUACGGUCGAAGUCGCAAUCCAGCUGGACCCAAGACUCGUUGGAGAUGUCAUUAUGCAGAAAAUCGAGAUAAAAACAAGAAGAUCAUCAGAAUUCUGUGAAGAAAUCUCGGUUGAAAUCAGCAAAGUUCUUCAAGAUUGCAACACAGGUCCUUUUGAACUAGCAGUUUUCGAAGCUAAGUUGAACAUCAAAAAUCAACAAGAAAUGUUCGGCUACACUUUUGGCUGCAAGAGUCGGCUUCCAAGACACUUUGUGGAAAUUGAAGGCGAUGGCUCAAAUACGCCGAAAAUCAACCUCGAUGUCGAAAUGGACAAGACAGAGACGACGGUGAAGAGUAUCAAUGUACCAGCUGAACGGUUGAAUGGGCAAUUGACGGUGAGAUUGGAUGAUGCUCUUUUGAUGCGACCUUCUCUGAUGAUGGAGUUCGAGGAAGGGCAAUUGAGCUUCGACAUGACCUCCGAUAACGACUGGUACGUUGAUGCUUGCCCAAAUGAUUCUUCCUGUGGAAACACUUACUUCGGUCGCAAGUGCAUUUUCAAGUCUCUUGGAUUCGCGAUGAACGAGGGCGAUCGCCAAAGAGCAAAUUUCGCAUUUGACGUCAAAGCAGAUGGAACAAGCAAAGAACUUGGAUACUCAGCCAAGCUCUUUUCUUGCGGAAAAUGUCAAGAAAUCAGAAACUGCGGCGGCACUGAGUGCUCUUCUUCGAUUACAGUUGUUCAAGAAAAAUUGCUGGAUAAGAAUACUGCGAGAUUGAGCGUCUCACCUGAUAGCUCGUUGUGUAAUGUCGACAAUGAUAACGAAACUGGAGCCGAAAUCAUCAGCAUCAGUGUUUCUUCCUUGAUUUCAGGCGUCAGUCCCGUCAAAGCCGGAAACUUGGCCGUCGUCACAACAAUAACAGAAGCUUAUAUUUUCGAAAAUCCUUGCAAACAAGAAAAUGGAGUCGUUUCUGGAACCCUCACAAUGCGAAAACCAACCUGUGAAAGCGAAAAUGGCAAGUUGACGAUCAGAGUUGAGUCUGAACAAGAUCUUCUGCCUUCUCUCUUGAGCGAAGUUGAAGUCAAUUUCAAUCUUAUGAAGAAGCUGAACACUCCCGAGUGUCGAGAAAAUAGCACCAUAACAUCCGAGAUGAUCAUAUCGAGUCCGAUCCUUGACAGCGACGAAAUCGUUGAACCAAAAUCAGUGAAGCUCAUCCUGACCAACGCUUUGACAACAGCAGAAGCAAAAUGGUGGAUUGUCAUUGGACUCUGUGGAUUUGUACUUCUUCUAGUGGUGCUGCUUGUAGUGUUUAAGACUCACAAGAACGCUCCGCCGGAAAUGCAGUCUGCUACUACGCUCAAACCAAAAGCAGCUGAGACGGCUCUCUCGGCUGAUGGGACAAUGAAAGAUUAUAAUUUCUCAUAA